AUGCGGAUGAAAGAUGUGGUCACUGGCAAAGUUGUGGCAGUCAAGAGCUCUUCGCAAGUGAUCGAGGAGGGCCUGUCCAGCUGGUCGCUCCGGGAGAUCUCGGCGCUCAGGGCCUGCCAGCAUCCCAACGUGGUACAACUCCUCGACGUGCAUGCCGUGCCGGAGAGUGUGCUCCGAAAGCAGAUGUGUGCUCUUGGGAGUCAGGGCUACCUCCAUCGAGAUCUAAAGCCUCAGAACAUCUUGGUGGAUGGAGGCACCCUGAAGCUGGCGGAUUUUGGUCUCGCUUCACGGCGCUACCUGUGGCCUUUUCGCCAAAAGCCACUGACCAAGUUCGUGGUCACUGUUUGGUACCGUGCGCCCGAGUUGAUCCUCAUGGACUCUGGCCAGUGCAUGUACGGUCAGGGGGUGGACAUUUGGUCCUUGGGUUGCAUUCUGGCGGAGAUGGCGACGAAUCGGCCCAUGUUCCCGGGUGACUCUGAGAUUGACACGCUGUUCAAGAUAUUCCGGAUGAAGGGCACGCCCGCUGCCACGACCUGGCCUGGUCUUGAACAAAUGGGACACUUCUCCCGCAGCUUCCCACAUUGGGAGGAGACGGACGUUGUACCGUUGAAAAAGUGGAUGACGUAG